AUGGUCUCCCUUAUUGUUGCAUUUUUGGCCUUGACUCAUGCAGUCUUGGCCAAAGUGAGUCCAAAUUUCAGCGAUUGUCGUGGCCAGUUCUAUGCUAGCACACCUCCUGUAGGGUUUAAUGGCUUAUCCAGUUCCCUCACCCCCCUCUGCCAGAUGUAUGAGACCUACAACAAUCCUUUUUUUGCAUCACUUUAUCACAAGGGCAACAGAUAUGCUCUGUAUUCAGCCUACAUCCUGGACACCCGGCCUGGUGAUGUUACAGGAGCUGACCAGACAUUCCGAUUGGAGCCACAGUUGGUGGACACCAGACUGCCCAAAGAAAUGAACCUCCAGCCUGCCACUGAAACGGCAAUCCGAAACCUUGGCCUCUCGAGUGCCCCUACCGACCUCAUUAAACAGGUUCAAGCCAUUAACUCUGACUACACAGGAAGCAACUACCACAAGGGACACCUCAACCCUAAUGCUGACCAUCCUGAUGGAGCAGGACAGAAGGCCACCUACACCCUCAGCAACGUGGCUCCCAUGUAUGGCUCUUUGAACAGCGGCGCUUGGAGGAACAACGAGAUGAGAGUGAGAAACAUUGCCGCCACUUGUGGAAAGAUGUAUGUCAUUACCGGCGUCGUCCCUGGAAACAACUGGAUUUCGGUAAACGGGGUGCAAAGAAUUAACAUUCCCAGUCACAUCUGGAGCGCUUUCUGCUGCCUGAACAACAACAACCAGCCAAUUAGAGCUGAAGGAUCCUUGGCACCAAAUAAUGCCAACACGGUCCAGGCUGGUCUCAGCAUUGCAAGCCUUCAAAGUCAGCUGAAAUCCUUGAUGGGAGUCACUGUCACACUUUUUGCCAACAACUGCAGUUAG